AUGGCGUCUUCUAAGAGCGGGGCUUUGUCUGCCCUGGAGAAAAUACGCAGACAACGAAGAGGAGAAGCAAAAGCAACAGAGCAAUAUGAGGUGAUAGACGAAAAUGCGUCAAUAUUUCAGACUGUCUCCGCGGAAGAAUACGCGAAACUAAAGGAACAAAGAAAAGCAGAAAAUUGGAUUGAGCGAGCUGACUCUGAUGGAUACAGCGACGAUGGGGACGAGUGGUGGGGGGACGAGGGCAGCAGCGAGGGAGAGCAGCAGCAGCAGCAGCAGCAGCAGCAGCAGCAGCAGCAGCAGCAGCAGCAGCGGAGGCGAGCAAGGAGACAGACAGAAGAGGAGACAUCUCCAGCAGCACGAGGGAAGAAGUCUCGUCGCGGUGAAGCAGCAACAGCAGCAGCAGCAGCAGCAGCAGCAGCAGCAGAUGUUAGAGCUCAAGGCAUGCGUUCUCUGCUGCAGCACUUCAGCAGCAUUGCAGCAGCAAAGACAACAACAGCAGCAGCAGCAGCAGCAGCAAAAAAAAAACCAGCAGCAGCAUCAGCAGCACAACUAAAAUGUUUAAACUCUAUUGAGGCUUCUCUUAACCUAGAUGAGGACGACGAGGAGCAGCAGCAAGACCCAUUCCCCCCCAAAACCCCCAACAGCAGCAGCAGCAGCAGCAGCAGCAGCAGCAGCAGCAGCAAAGUUGCUGCUGCAGCAAACGCCUUCAGCUUGUUUGGUUUAGGGGACUGUCUCCCCCCCCGUCUCCCGGGGGCCCUGGGCCCCAGCGGCAGCCCCCAGCAGCAGCAGCAGCAGCAGCAGCAGCAGCAGCAGCAGCAGCAGCAGACGACAGCAGCAGCAGCUGCAGCUGCAGCAGUGGAAGCAGCUGCAGCGGAAGAAGUAAAGGAAGAAGCAACAGCAGCAACACCAGCAGCAGCAGCAGCAGCAGCAGCAGCAGCAGCAGAUGAUGCUGCUGCAGCAGCUGCUGCUUCUGUCUUUGAGGACCCCAACGCAUAUAUAAGUUUAGGUAAAGACAUAAACCCAGACGAGUUAUUUGCUGCUGACGACACAGCAGCAGCAGCAGCAGCAGCAGCAGCAGCAGCGCCGCAAACAGCAGCAGCAGCAGCAGCAGCAGCAGCAGCAGCAACAGCAAAGACACUACCCGUAUGCCCCGAUGGGUCUCUGCCUUUUUAUUUAUUAGAUGUCUUCGACGAUGCAGCAACAGGAACAGUUUAUUUGUUCGGCAAGGUGUGGGCUGCAGCAGCACAGCAGCAGCAGCAGCAGCAGCAGCAGCAGCAGCAGGCAGCAGCGCCGCCGCAGAGCUGCUGCGUGGUGCUGCGGGGUAUGAUGAGGCCUCUAUACUUUGUGCUGCGUAAGCAGGUGUCUUUGGACGUAUCAGAAGAAGAAGAAGAAGCAGCAGCAGCAGCAGCAGCAGCAGCAACAGCAGCAGGUAGUGAUGCAGCAGCAGCAGCAGCAGCAGGAGCAGCAGCAGCAGAAGAAACACGUGGUGCUGCAGCACUGCAGCGGCAGCUGCGGCUCAUAGAAACAAAUGCUGCUGAGUUUGUUCGUGUUGAUGCGAGCGCAGCAGCUGGGGGUUUCUCUAUGGCACAAGGUAUCUCGCCUGAAGCGCCCCAAGACGCAGAAACCCCCCUACAGCAGCAGCAGCAGCAGCAGCAGCAGCAGCAGCAGCAGCAGCAGCAACUUGUGGGCCGGGAGAAAUCUACAGCAGCUGGGGGUUUCUCUAUGGCACAAGGUAUCUCGCCUGAAGCGCCCCAAGACGCAGAAACCCCCAUACACCAGCAGCAGCAGCAGCAGCAGCAGCAGCAGCAGCAGCAGCAGCAGCAACUUGUGGGCCGGGAGAAAUCUCUGUGCUGGCCGUGUACUCAGCAGCAGCAACAGCAGCAGCAGCAGCAGCAGCAGCAGCAGCAGCAGCAGCAGCAGCAGCGGGAAGAUAGAUAG